CCCAAGAGAAAAACAGGGCUGGUGUCAAGGGGGAUAGGUACAAGAAAGUCGAGCCCCCCGACAGCCCUGCCCAGCCGCUCGGGGUAGCGAGGGCAGCGGGGGCUCCUUCCCGUCCCAGUUUUCCCGACUUUCACACGAUGGCAGCAGAGGCGAGGGAACGUUCAGAGUCGGCAGGAGCUGGGCUGGGGAGGGGGGGCUCUGUUUCUGCCACGACUGCCCUCGCCCCCCUCGCUGCCCACACUGCCCUUCUCUGCCCACGUUGCCCUCGCACCCCUCACUGCCCAUGUUGACCAUCCUGUUCACGCUGCCCUCGCUGCCCCAGCCUGCCCCGCGCUCAGGCAGGAUCAGGCCCCGGCUCCUCCUCCGGCCACCCCGUGACGGUCCCAGGGGUGACACUACCUGCCCAACCUGCGCUGCGACACCCGGUCCCACCCCUCGAGUCAAGGGCCGCGCUGCGCUGCCAACCCGGCCGGCCCCGCCGCCACCGCCGCCACCCUUCGCGCCCCCUGGGCCCCCCUCGCUUUUCCCACCCGCUCCCCGACGGAGAGGAACCUUUGCCCGCUCCGUCUCCUCCCUCGGCGCCUCCGGGAGCUCGGCCCGCCCCGCCGUCUGCUCGAGGCUUGGCAGCGGGAAGGAGGAAACCCAGCGGUGGCCCCGCGAAGGCGGGCGGCAGCCGGGGCGACAUGGGCAGCGCCGAGGAGGAUUAUAACUUUGUCUUUAAGGUCGUCCUAAUUGGGGAGUCUGGGGUGGGCAAAACCAACCUGCUCUCCCGCUUCACCCGCAACGAGUUCAACCAUGACAGCCGCACCACCAUCGGCGUGGAGUUCUCCACCCGCACAAUCCUCGUGGGAGAUGCUGUGGUGAAGGCUCAGAUCUGGGACACUGCGGGGCUGGAGCGGUACCGUGCCAUCACGUCAGCGUAUUACCGGGGGGCCGUGGGUGCCCUGGUCGUGUUUGACAUCACCAAGCACCAGACGUAUGAUGUGGUGGACCGCUGGCUGAAGGAGCUCUAUGACCAUGCCGAGGCCAGCAUUGUCGUCAUGCUGGUGGGGAACAAGACCGACCUCGCACAGGCUCGGGAGGUGCCCAUGGAGGAGGCAAAAAUGUUUGCAGACAACAAAGGGCUGCUAUUUGUGGAGACGUCAGCGCUGGACUCCACCAACGUUGAGCAGGCUUUCGAGACCAUCCUGAAGGUUGUGCUCAUUGGGGACUCUGGGGUGGGGAAGAGCAACCUGCUGUCACGUUUCACCCGCAAUGAGUUCAACCUGGAGAGCAAGAGCACCAUCGGGGUGGAAUUUGCCACGAGGAGCAUCCAGGUGGACAACAAGACGGUGAAGGCUCAGAUCUGGGACACAGCCGGGCAGGAGCGGUACCGCGCCAUCACCUCAGCGUACUACCGGGGGGCGGUGGGAGCUCUGCUUGUCUACGACAUCGCCAAGUACCUGACAUAUGAGAAUGCCGAGCGCUGGCUGAAGGAGCUGCAGGACCACGCUGACGCCAACAUUGUCAUCAUGCUGGUGGGCAACAAGAGUGACCUGCGGCACCUGCGGGCUGUGCCCACUGACGAGGCCAGGAGCUUUGCAGAGAAGAAUGGGCUGUCCUUCCUCGAGACAUCUGCUCUGGACUCCACCAAUGUGGAGAUGGCUUUCCACAACAUCCUCUCAGAGAUCUACCGCAUCGUGUCCCAGAGGCAGAUCACUGGGCAGCCGGAGUCAGAGUUCGGCCCCAGCACCACCAUUGAGCCCAUCCGGGUGCUGCCCACGCAGCAGGAGGGCCGGCAGACCCCCUGCUGCCAGAACAUCUGAGCCCCUGGACUGCCCCCACCGUGACGGUCCACCACCCAGCACAUGGUGGCAUCAUGUGUCUCACCCUCUGCCUCUGCCCCCCACAACCCCCUGAGCCAGACAGGCUGGCAGCUGCUUUUGUCUGCAACCUCAUGCUGCCCAUGCACUGCUCUCCCUGUGUUUAUGUAGGACCUACAAAAAUAGGGGGGGAGGCAAAGCAUCAGGGUGUCUCCCCUCUCUCCCCGUGAUUGGGGACAUGCCAUUCCCUGUGCCCCUGCUCCCUCUAGCCCUGCAGGCACAGUCACCGAGUGGCUGAGUGGCACUGAACAAGCCUGAACGUGAUGAGUCCCUGUUUGGUGACGCCCUGGGUGCAGCCCUGCAGGGAGGGGGACACCGGGUGCACCUUUCUCCCGCCCAGUGAAAGGAGCAGCAACAUGGCCAGUUGCACCCAGCCCUGCCCCUGUGACACCGAGGGCUGGGAGUGCCCCUGGGUGCUGCUGGGGACAUUGGGGUGGGGUGUGGGGAUGACACUGUUUUCAUGCUGUGACCCCUUCGAGGCAUGGCCCCAGCUGUGACUCUUUCAUGGAAAGAGAUGGGAGCAGGAACUGGGGGGCCAUGGCUUCUGGGGAGGGCUGAGGAGGGGACAAGGGGGGCCAGGGCUUUGGGGGCUGAGGGUGAGGGCAUGGAUAGGGUGCUGAGGGCAAGCACAUGGUCCCUCCACACAGCUCCCCGUGUGGGGGCCAGUGCCAGCACUGGGGACCCCUUAGCUCUGGCUCUCAGGAGCCCCUGGCACGGGUUGACCCUGCCCCACUCCAGUGUUUGGCCACUGGUGGCUGGUGCCCUCAUGGCCCAGCCUGGGGACAUGGUGCCAUUAGAUGGAGCAUCUGCUGCACCUGCAGGGUGAGAGUGGCCCUGUCCCCUGCCUGGAGGGCAGCAGCCACCCCCCAGGGUGGGCACCUCCGAAGGUGCUGGGACAGACUGGGCUGGGCCCAACCCCUGUCAAGGGUCAUUGGCAGGUAUCAAUCAGGACUGGUGCAAGUGGGAGAGCCUGUCCCCACUGAACCAGUGCUGGGGGUCUCUGUCUCUCCGUGGCUGCCCCCCAUCACCCCAUCUCACUUGACUGUGUCAGCAGGAUCUGGGCCAGCCACUCACCUUGGGGUGAAAUUUGUCAAUGAAACAGGAAUUGAGGCAAAAUCCCCAAAUAAAGCUGCUAUUGAGAGUC